UACAUUUUAAAGCUUCUACAAUACUGUUAAUGAUGUGGCUUGGAUCCAAGUUCAGAAGACUCGCUGCUGCACUGUAACAUUUCCUACGCUAGUCAUCCUGUGACAUACCUGCCUGAGCCCCGGUGCUCCACAGUUACAAGGCGGGGGGUCGCCGCUGCCUUGCCGAUCAAGUCAACAUGAGGUUCCGCAUCUACAAGAGGAAAGUGCUACUCCUGGCUCUCGUUAUGCUGGUCGCCGCCUUCGCCUUCUGGACCGGCGGAAAACCAAGGAAAAACGGAGCGUUUCCGAAGGACGACGAAACUUCCAGGAGCAGCGGGCGAGCUGGUGGCGGAAACCCGACCAGGAAAGUUUCCAACGAGUCCCAGCCGAGCAGGUUCGACAGACCAGAGGUCGACAACCUGACCCAGGUGUACCGCAGCAUCGUUUACCAGCUGAACUUCGAUCAGACUGUCCGAAACCAGGAAACCAUAAAGACACGUCCUCCAAACGACUUGGUGGUGGUGGUUCAAGUGCACGACAGACCCGAUUACUUGCAGAUCCUCGUCAAUUCGCUCAGAAAAGCCAAAGGAAUAGAAAACGUCCUGUUAAUCUUCAGCCACGACUUCUGGUCUCCGCAGAUCAACCACAUCGUAGCUGGUAUCGAUUUUUGUCAAGUGUUGCAAAUAUUUUUUCCAUUCAGUAUCCAGUUGUAUCCCAACGAAUUCCCAGGACACGAUCCCAGAGACUGCCCACGUGACUUAAGCAAGGUGAAUGCGCUCAAACUGGGCUGUAUCAAUGCUGAAUAUCCAGAUUCAUUUGGCCAUUAUCGGGAAUCCAAAUUCUGUCAGACCAAGCAUCACUGGUGGUGGAAGUUGCACUUUGUUUGGGAAAGGGUAAAAGUUUUGGAAGAUCAUAAGGGUUUAGUGCUGUUCAUUGAAGAAGACCACUAUUUGUCACCUGAUUUCUAUUAUGUCUUGAAAAAUAUGUGGCAUCUAAAGGGUGAAAGUUGCCCUGAUUGUGACAUCUUGUCCCUUGGUACAUAUGUACGUGUCAGUGAUUUCACAGAAAAAACCAAUAAGGUAGAAGUGAAAACCUGGCGAUCAACAGAACACAACAUGGGCAUGGCUAUGACUAGAGACACAUAUCAAAAAUUGAUUACGUGCACAAAUACUUUCUGUGAAUACGAUGACUACAACUGGGACUGGACAUUACAGUAUUUAACAGUAUCCUGUCUGCCUCGGUAUUGGAAAGUUAUGGUUUGUGAAGCUCCUCGUAUUUUCCAUGCUGGAGAUUGUGGUAUGCAUCACAAGAAAGCUUGCAUGCCAUCUGUUGAAAUUUCUAAAAUUGACAGAAUUAUAAGUAGCAACAUACAGCACUUGUUUCCAGAAACCAUGGCAAUAAGUGAAAUAUAUCCAUUGGCUGCAAUCAGCCCACAUGUGAAGAAUGGAGGUUGGGGAGAUAUUAGGGACCAUGAACUUUGUGCAAGUUACCGCCGGCUCCAGUAAUUAUGAUAUAAGUUUCCAUACCAGAUCAUGUUUUUAAUAGUUGUUUAGUUUUCUCCUGUUAUUAAAAACACAACAAUGGGAUACAAUCCUUGACUUUCAAGAUUAAAAAUAAAUGGCUGCCUUGAUGGCUCAGUUAGUAAAUACACCAAUAAGGUGUGACAUUGAGCUUUAAGGACUAGGGAGGCCCCAAGUAAUACCUGGUCUGUGAUGAGUAAGCUGAUCUCAGCCGGGGUUGCAGUAGGGGAUGUUGCAAUUGAAUUUGGUAUCCUCUGGUUUAGGAAAAUGAAAAUUCAGCCAUGGUGCCCAUUCCUGAUCACUAUCCAGUGACCAUGCUGGAAAAUUAAUUUUGACAAUGUUUGAUAAGGACAGUUUCAGCUCGGCUGUAUGCUGCUCACAUUUGAAUAUAGCCAGUCGGCACUCACUGACUGGGCCCAUGUUUGAAGAAUAAGGUGCUGGACAACUACUGGUGCCUGUGGACCUGUACCCAGCCAUGAGUUAUUGCCUUUACAAGAAAAGCAGAAGGAAGAUUUUUUGUUUUUUAAAGAAAUUAAGCCCUUGUAGCAAGAGUUACCAUUUUCUUCAUUAACUUUGUGGAUGUUCUGGUGACUGAAGAGGAGAAAAUGGUGUAUGCAACUGAGAAUGCAAAGAAGCCAAAGGUGCUCGUUUCAUCACGUGGUUGUAGUUUUUACAGUUCUGUUUUCAUUAUUCUGUUAACUUUACAGAUGAGCCUUGUUUAGCUCAGUGUUGUCACUCUGCUCUUUUAAUGUAUCAGUACUACAAGAAAAAUACCACAUGGUAAUAUGCCUUAAUGUGUGGUAUACUAGUGAUUUAUAAAUUUAUCACCCAAGUUACUUCUGCCACCAGUAACAAACCUGCAACCAGAAAUGCUUAGUAUUAUAUAAAGCUCAAAAAUUCUCCCACCGUAAAAUGCCCAGAAAUGAAAAAAGCAAAAGCUUUUUAAUAAUAGCACCGGGUGUUUUUCAAAGUUCGAGUGAAAUUGAUAUGAACAAUUUAUUGGUGCCCCAUUGUUUGUUGAAGUUUUAGUAAAGGAGAAGAAAAAAAAGUACCCAGUGUGGCUCUGUGAAAAUUUUGCCCACUCACCAGUACCCUACUGAAAUCUUAGUGACAAUACUGUUCUCUAAAAGCACAAAUCUGUAACUGAGAUAACAAUGCAAAGGUUUCAGUUAAAUGUUAAUAAUUUCAUUUAAAAAAAAACAGCAUGUCUAUUUUUUCCCCAGUUGUUGGAAUUAAUCGGGUUCAGUUGAUUUAACAGAUGUUGCCUCAUGGCAGUUUGAGAGACCUGAAAUGGUCCACUGUUUAAAAGCAAAUGCCUUGGUUGUAACUUUUUUUGUAUUUGUGUACAACCACCUCAAAUAAAAGGAACAGGAAAGCAA